AUGCCUUCUAAAUCUCUCACUUUCUUACAGCAAAGCACAACAAAUGGGCAGGGGCGUCUUUAUGAGCGCAGUCCUGCGUGGUGCUCUCAGCCCACUGUACUAGUACCUGUAGAACUCGAACAUGCUGCUGGUAAAGAGCACUCUCCAGAUGCUGGCACAUUCAAGCAAGGCUCCAGACCCUCAGCAAGUUUGUUAAGAAGUAGCAAGUCUUGCACUUCAGGGGAGUCAACUUCAAGCCUAGAGCCAAAACUUCGCCUCCUGUUGAAGUUGAAGUCACCAAAGCCACUAGCUUUGGGCCCAAAAGAUGAUUUCUGCCAGCGUAUUAUCGCCACCAUUCGGAAGGGUGGCGAGGGUCCCGAACAUGAGGUGUUUUCAGAUGUGUCAGAGAACGAUUAUCAUUAUAUUCCGGAUGUGAUUGAAUUUGAUGACCAUUUAACUCACAAACUAUCAUACAUCCCCUGUCUCCAACAACUCUUCGUCAACCUGCCGACCCCAGUCCACAAAUCGAUUCUAGUGCCCCUGCGCACUACAGUGGGUGCCAUUAUAUUGUCCAUACCUCUUCCAUCUGCACUACAUACUGCCCUCCACAUCCACAUGAAUACGAUGGUCGAAAGGGGCGAAGAUAACGAAGAUGACGAAGACAAACGUAGUCUCGGCAUUCCUGAUAUGCUCGUUCAACGCGAGACACAAGAUGCCGAGUUCCAUCCCCUAUGGCCCUUCGAGAUAUCCUUCUCACAAUCUUCCGAGGCAGCAGAAGCAAAGAUCCAACUCUUUGCGGACAAGAACCCUCACAUUGAGGGUGGCACCCAUUUCCACAUCGCUGAGGCACAAACGCACACGUUGCCAAGUGAUGAGUGGGCGAUGGAACAGGAGUUGGAUAAAAAGAAGGUUGGGCGCAUCAAACAGGUAACCGUUACCACAUGGCUCCGCCCCCCGAAUGGAUGGUUGAGGACUACUAACCGCAAAGCGUCAUAUUAUGCCAGCGCGGUUCUCUUCCCACAACAAGACGCUGCUGGACUUCAAAAUGUCCAGUGUUUAUUCAGGCGUACCCUUCAAAGAAUUUGUGACUCAACGGUACGGCAUCUGGAGGGGGAGCAUCCUCCGCGCUGCAACGACCCCCACAUCGCCUUAAUCAAAUCCCUCAAGCAAUGGACUGUUCCAGACACUGUGGUUGUUUUGGACACAUGUGUUGAUGGCUUGGAGACAGCCGCAAAGCAAACGGCAUUCAGGAGGUAUUGUAAGUGGCACGAAAAUUUUCUCAAGCACACCAUCAAUGAGGUCGAGGAUGCUGAGGAUGCCCAGGCUGCAAACUCCAACAAGCGAGGGAGACGCCGCUAG